UAAAAAAAGAAAUAUUACUUGGACCAAAUAAUUUUAGCUGGAAACUGCAAGAAACACAAACUUUUUGCAGACAUCGUUUCAAGAAUGCGAUUUUUGAUUUGUCUAUUGUCAAUAAAACGAGUGCCAUACAGGAUGAGAUUCAUGAAAGAGUACUUCGUUCGAUUCGACAACACCAACAUGCUAUAGAGUCAGUACUGAAACUGGCAAAACAUUAAUUUUCCAGUAUUUUUAAACUUAUUUUUAAACUUCAAAUAUAUUUUCAAUAAUCUUAUUUUUUAACAAAAUAAGGUGCAUCACCGUUUAAAGAUAAUUUUGUUAGGCGUAAAAAGUUUUUUUUUUACAAAAAUGUGUAACUCAAACACCAUAUACUUCUUCUAAAUUGUUAAUAAGCAGUGGCAGUGAUUUCUUUUCAUUAAUUGAAUUUUACUGUGCUGUAGCGAAACAAUUAGCUAAUGUAUUCUUUAAAAUUCUCAAACAAUGUCAAGAAUAUCCUAAAUACUUUUAAAGUAAUUUAAUGCAUGUACUUGCGUGCAUUAUGUACAAGGUGACCGGACUUAUUCUACUAAUGCACAUUACUUGUACAUUGUGUGUUGUAUACGAAAAUUGUUCAGAUAAGAAGUAAACAUUUUUUAGGAAGGUUACAACCUGGUGUAAGAAUAUUUUGUAGAUGAACACGUAGACUUCAUAUAAAGAUAACAACCGUUUUGCUAAUUAGGAUUGUAUAUUCUUUAAUGCAUUAAACGGUGCAGCCUAUUAUUUUCUAGACAAUUGUAUUAACAUACUUAUACCGAGAAAGCAUAGGGAUUUGCAAAUAUUUUAACUUCAAUUUAUCAAAUUUAACGUAUAAAAGACAAUGAAAGACGCGAUUAGAUAUUUUUGCGUUUACGUUAUCUUUGUCCUUCAUACGCUAAAUGCGACAAAUUAAAGCUAAAAUAUCUCCUAGACUAAUGUGACUUUUCAAUAUAAAUAACUUCAUACAAUUUUGUAGAGAAUGACGAGCUGCAUCGAUUAGUACAUUAAAAAAUAUGCAAUUCCACUUAAAAAAAUUGAUGUCACCUUCAUAUGACACGUCUACAAAAAAAUUCUUACUCACCUCAUUUGUCACCCCCUCAAAAAAAUUCACUACAUAUCUGAACUACUUUUUCAUACAAUUCAUAGUGUACUAGUAAUUUGAAUUUAUAGAAUAAAAUCUGUCACCCUGUAUGUGCAUUACUGAAUCUUUUAUCGACUAUGACCUCUUAAUUCUGUUUUAAUGGUUCCAAAACAGUUACCUGAAAACUAUUCAAAGCAUUCAUUCUACUUAUCUUUGCAUUUGCAUCGGUUUGGUAAUGGCAACUUUCAGCGUCACGUUAGUAAAGGUUGCAGCACAAUCAGAAAUUUCUGCGGAGUCUAUCAAGGACGUUGUAUUUCUCUCAUCUCAAUUGACACACAUAUUUCUAUUAACGGUACAAGGACAAUUCGUACAGAAUGCGAACGAUGAAGUUACCGAAUCGAUAUAUGACGCGUUAUGGUAUAAUACUAAUAAUAAAACGAAACUAUUGUUUGUAUUAGCACUAAGAAAUUGCUUAAAUCCUCCCACUUUAUCAGCUGCUGGAUUAAUUAUCUUGGAUUUGAAGAGCUUCUCAGAGAUUAUAAAAACAUCUGUUUCAUACUUUACCGUAUUGAAAUCUACGUAAACCGUAAAAUACUCCCGACAGAGGCAAUGGAAAACAAUACUCCAGAACAAAGAUUAGUGGAUAAAAUAUGAAAAUAAUUACAGUUAUUCUUAUUUCUAAACUGCUAACUAUUUUUUGGUUUUACCCCCACUUAGUGAUGCUUGGUGAGAAAAUAAUUUAUGCCAAAUUUCAGAGUGAUUAGACAACAGGAAUCUAUACCACAUAUAAGUUGAAGUUUUCAAGUUUUAAUGUUUUCGCAUUAGUUAUGAGCAUAAUCGUGUUUCGUUGUUUUGGAAAUAUUAAGGAAUGUUUUAAAAUAAAAGCACAAUGUCUAAGAUCUAUACUAGCAAUGCGUAUAUAUUACUUCUAAAGAUACAUAUGAAAAUGUUCGGUUUGAGUCACCUUCUUGAUUUCCAAAAGCCAGCAAUUCAUUUAGCGAAUCUUACAGACUUUUACAUAUGAAUUCCCUUCUGUCACAAAUAUUGUAAUAAAGGUAGCCAUUAUUUGUAUCUUGCUAGUAACUGCAAGCGUCUGUUUCAUUUUUAGUUGAGAUUUCGACGUGUUCAUAUGGCUGAACUGCAUUCAAAGAGGGAUUGAACAUACAAAGAUGGAAAUAAGAAACUUUGAUGUAAUACACCUGUUGGAACAUGAUGAUACUCAAAUUAUUUAAUCAAAUAUUUUUACUAAUGAUACAUUUAGCGUGUGCUGUUUUACAGUGUAUGGAAAGUAGAACAGUUGUGAUAGCAUAACGGAAUUUUAAAAUAUUUUACAUAACGUACAAUGUAUGCAAAAGUAUUUACCUCAUAUAUUAGUAUAAAUUCUAACAUUACGUCUGAUUUGAGCUACUUAUACAAUUCACGUCAAUUAUGGAUUUUUCAACAAAUUCAAGUAAUGUGAUGUUAGUAAUAGCAAAAAAUAUAUAACUGUUUGUCAUGGGAAGAAGUUGAACUAUAAACACAUAUCGGCCAACGCUUAUUAUUACCGUCACAAAAAAUUAAUUUGCGACCAGAAUUGGCGAAACAAAUCAGCUUAAACGUGCACGAAACACACGACACUUUCUUACACAGAGACAAACUAUAUUUUGCUUAUUCAUAGUUUGAAGAGAAUUAUAACCAGAUAAAAGUUUGUACAGAUCUGUUCGAUCUUCAACAAUCAUUUAUCUUUCUACUUCGCUUAGCCGUUUCGGAUAGGAACUGUCUGUUUCACCCAACUAUUCUAUACCAAGCCCUCUAAUAUCAAAUUUAUUCAAGGCAUCCAAAGUAGUUAUGUCUUAAAUUAUUCGUUACUAGCAAUUUGUCAAUCGAUCGAUUCUUUCGAGAGGAUAUUUGAUGUUUCAAGAUGGUUCUCCGCGUGCAAGUAGUCACAGUGUAAAGAACACACGAUAACAAUGAGCUAAUACUUCGAUCGAGUUACUUAUACAUCUUUAUCAAAGGUACUUUAAGGGUAUAAAUUAACAAGGGCGAAUAAAUUAUUAAAUUACCACUUUGGUUUACGACGAUCGAAAUGACAGCAGGUACGCAUUACUUAGUUGCACUCUUCGUGUAAAUAUUACAUGGUAGAAAUAAAGUAAAAGCAUAAUGGCCAAUCCCAGACACUCAACAAACUUCACUGUCACUCAUCAAGUGUCAGUCGCAUAUACUGCCCUGCACUCUUAAUAUCAGUUUUCUCUUUACUAUGGACAAAGCCACAGUAGUAAACGAGUACAUGAAAGUAGUGAAGAUAUGUACUACGAUGGGCGGAAUUUGGCCUGAUCAGAGUAAAUUUUCGAAACUCGUUAUGCGAACGAUUGUAUACAUCAUCAUUGUGCUAUCGCUUGUUACGCAGGUACAAGAACAUUAAUGUAAUGGCAACCUGGUAAUCAUAUUACAACCGUGUAAGUGAUGAUUCCACGUGAAGAAAUUCGCAUAUAAAAUAAAAUUGUUUCAUUUAACGCUUCGUUGCUGAAAAAGCCGAGUUUGAAAAUUUGUGAAGCAUACUUCAACUUGACUAAUUACAUACUAGAUAUAGGUAAAUAAUCAACAGGAGAUUGUCAUACAUGUGAAAAUAAGUUGAAAAUGUGAAAGAACACUUUUUCAUUUAAGGUAUCAUUUUGACAAUGAAGUUUAAAUAUGUGUAAAUACAAAAUGGUUUGGGACACGUGUAUCACACAUAUUCUAAAUUAUCGUUUUAGGAAAUGAAACAAUUUAUGAAAAAAUUUUAUUGUAUAUUUUUUAUUUAUUUUCAAAUACGAACUUAAUCACAUUCAAUUAUUUGCUCUUGUUCAGUCAAGAUAAAGUAUACUUGCCAAAUCUUUAACAUCGAUUUUCUCGAAAACGAAGGUUCAGGGGAAGUAAUGUUAUAUCAGAUUUUUGUUCUCAUAUUUCACAUAGAAUCGCCGUCUGGCCGGUUGUACUAUGUUUACUGUCUCAGCCUAUAUAUUUGAAAUCACACACGACCAUUGUGAUCUUUGUCGAAUAUUUCACAAAACUUCAAAUCUGUUUAAUGCUUGAUGUAAUUAUGCCAUUAUGUACUAUUAUGAGAAUUCCUUUUUCAUUAAAUUACUCGAUCGUUGGUUGUAGAUGGCAAACGUUGUGUGUUUCUACAGUCUACAGGCCGUAGUAGAGCAGGUCUGUUUUUUUAAUGCGAUGGCUGGGGCACUGCUAAAGCAAGGGAAUUAUAUUGUGAACGCGGCGCAGGUAACGGAAUUUCUCAUAUAACUUUCCAUUUUCUAUUUUUGUGUUAUACAUUAUAUAAAAAUGACAAUGGAAGAUAUGAUAAGUCGAUAUCUUUGAUCAUCUGAUUCUCAUGUUAUUGGAUGUUAUAAAAAAAUAAUCUAGCAUGAAAUAUUUACAAAUGGGAAUAAACCUCAUAGAUUUAAAAUUAUAUGCCUUUCGAAAGUAAUGGAAAUAGAUCCACAAUGUUUCAUAAGAAACGAAUAAUAUUUGUGCGGCUUUUAUGAUAGCGUUUAUGCCCAGUGUUGACUGCGAUCGGUGUUUCAGCUACUUGGGGUAUUUACACGUGAUUUGCCGACUAACAAAAUUGACUCGAGAAGCAGAUAGUUUGACGUAAUUAAAAUAAGUCUGUAUAACAAAUAUUACUAAUGUAUCUUUUAAAUGGUCAGGACUAUAACAAAAGACGUAUUUAAAAUUGAGAAUCAUUUGGAAUUGUACUUUGAACCGCAAAGUUACAUCCAUUUCAAUUUUGUUUUAAUAUUUUUCCGUAUUAGUUUUCCGUAGUAGUUUCUCUAGAUCACUGCAAAAAGUAACAUUUCUAUACAUGUCUAACUUAUAGUCGCACUCGCAUGACGUAAUUAAUUUAGAAGUAAAAAAUAUCUAGAAUGCAAAUAUGUUAGCAAUAAUGAAUUUACUUAACAUCCCUCUCUCUUGAUAAUAGUUUUAAGAAUCAAAAUAGCAGAAUUAGAAAAAAUGACAAAUACGACUUAUUGAAUUCUUCAUGUAUUUAUAUAUAUCUUUUGGUUGCACGAUACUAAUCAAAUUGUAGUACAAGAUGCUGCUUACCGCUAUUUGGGAGGAUUGGUCAACCAUUAGACUGACUGAUGAAUUUGAAAUUAUGGUCGAGUACGCCAAAAGGGGAGCCUUUUUUUCUCGGUUGUACUGCGGUAGGAUAAAUCAUAUUGAAAACUCGUACUUCCCUUCCGUGAUUCAUUUUAUACACCGUUGCAAUCGAUUUACAGGACUUGGCGUUUUCUGUACCAUAAGUUUUAUUCAACUAUCUCUAUCGCCAUAUAUUCUAGACAUUAUUUCACCGAACAACGAAACGCGAGAUUUAAUAUACAUUUAUCCAGCUUAUUAUUAUAUCGAUGAUCGGAAGUACCGUAUGUUUAUAAGUUUUCAUAUGACAUAUACGAUUGUAUCAACAUUUUUUGUGUAUGUCGGCUGUGAUGCGAGUUAUAUAUAUAUGGUGCAACACGCCUGUGGGCAGUUAGCGGUAGCUGGGUAAUAAAAUGAAAUAUCAGUUGGAUUAAAUAAUCUUCGUUUAACUUGAAACUGCAACAGGUAUUAAAUUUUUUCACAGACAUCGUUUCAAGAAUGCGCUUUCAGAUUUGUCUGUCGACACUGAAAAGGGUGGAAUGCAGGAUAAGAGUUAUGAGAGAGUGCUUCAUUCGAUUCGAGAACACCAAUAUGCUACAAAGUCAGUACUGAAAUUAGAAAAACAUUGGUUGCCACCAUUCUUUUGUUAGCUUAUUUCAUGUAUUUAGCUUACUUUUCUCCAAAGACAUUAAAAACAACUAUGUUUUUGAAAAAAGGGAGUGCCCUACUGCUUGAUGUCAAUGUUGAUAGGAAUAAAUAAUUUUGUUU